GAGUUUUAUUUAUUUAUUUAUUCAUUUCUAUUUCUAUUUCCAUUUCCCUUUGCAUUUGCGUUGCCACUAGUAAGAAUAAGAAUAAUAAUCAUUAUUAUUAUUAUUAUAUUAUUAUUAUUAUUAUUGCCAUCAUCAUUGGCAUUGUCAUCAUCACCACCACCGUCUUUAUCAAGCAGCAUAAAACUUGAUAAUCAUCACACCCGAGAACUAGGAUAACACCCUACCCUCCAUACCUCUAACACAGUGCCGUCUUCCAAUUGCGCUUAUUAGUGCAUGACCAGUUGAAUUGAUCACCUCGUGGCAGCCUACGAACCGUCCGCUGCGUAUUUGGGAAUGACUGACUGGUUAGAGUCAUCCGCCUCCAUCCAGCUGCGUACACACUCCGUCCACACUACACACACACUUAUACCUCCUCUCACACCUCACUCCUCACUCCUUUUCCAUUGAAAAAGAAGGGCCACACUAGAUCAUACCUUACUCAUUAUAUCUAUUUAUUGUUCACCCAUCUCGCUCUCGCACAUGCAAUUCGUUUCCCCCUUCGUUCGUUGCUUGCUUCUUGUUGUUUAACAUCUCGUCGUCAAGCAUCCAUCUUAGAGUCUUCUCCUUUGCGUAUUUGAUUCACAAUUGAUUGCAUUCCUCUCUGCAUUCACCAACAACAAUAACGCAAUACCCCGCCAUCCCUCAAUUGAAAUCCCAUCUGCAAUAAGCACGAGGGCGAUCACGCUUCUGCAUUGGAUUGGGAGCCAAACACAAAGAACUUUCCAGCCUAAUCCUCAGCUGACCAACACCACGCAACACUUACUUCUACACAGCCUUCUUGACAACGUCUCCCAUAUAUCUGUCUCAGUCCCCGAACUUUCCCUCCAGUCCAGAAAUCAUUUCCACGGAUUUAAGAAGCGGGAUAUCCGAUUCCCAUUUGCUUGCUAGACCCAGAGUGGCGCGGGGCAACGAACAAACGAUUAUGGAUGACAAAACAUUCACCUCGAUCCGGCAACCUUCUACUACCUUCGAUUUCAGACACUCACCAAUUACUACAAAACCAUUCAUCCAUUCAUCCACCUCUACCCCUAAACACUCAACCCAAUCCAUCAAUCCAAUUGUUGCAGCAUCUUCUCGCCCCAUGAAUAUGGAACGUAAGAAUAAGCUUGACAUCGCCAAUACGCUUAUGUCACCUCCAGAGCCACUUCCUCUCGAUAACUUUACACAUUCGUGCCUGCCAUUCACAAUGGAUUCAAAGAUGCGAAAAUUACAUUCAAUCGUCGGUGCGACGUUUCCCAUAUCGCCACCUGUGUCUCCAGAGACCAAGGCUAGGUCACCAGAAGAGCCCGCUGGUUCACAAGCAAUUACCGAUCCAAUUCUCUAUCCACUUUCCGACAAUCAAAACGCAUCUGCCACUCAAUCAUCCCUCUUCGCAGACAAUGAUGAUCCUCUCGUUGCACACCGUGUAGUCGAUGGGCAUGUUGCAGCCAGGAAAGCUAGCAUGUUCCGAGAAGCCUCCCCGCCACGCCGUGAUGAGUACGAGCUCGCUCUCGAAUUUAAAUCACAAGUUGUUAAGAUCAUGUCAAAAGAUCCGGCUCUUUGGUUACGAAGGGAGAUGGUUUAUCUGAGGAGAGAUCGAGAGUUACAAUCUGGUGCACGACGAUGGACAAAUAUUGCUCCUGCGGUGGGAAGAAGCACAAGAGUUCUAGGCAACACUGCUACAAGAGUCACAAAGACAGUACGCCCUCCUCGCCCUACCCAGACACCCCGAGGUGUACGCACAGUAUCCUCGACAACUCCUGGUCCUGACGUCAAGCGAGUUGCUCGAGAAGAUAAGGAUUUUGAGAACCUUCCAGAUUACUGUCCACCAAUUACCAGCCUUCCUAACAAACCUAAUUCAUUAAAAGUGGAUUGGAAGGGAGCUCCAAUUGAUCUCCGCAGCGACCCAAACGUCCAUCUUCUCCAUCCCGACGAGGUCUCUCUUGCAGCCAAUCUUCGUCUUGAUUGUGCAACUUAUCUCACAUCCAAACGUCGAAUCUUUAUGAAACGAAUUGAAGCAUUGAGAGUCGGAAAGGAGUUCCGAAAGACAGAUGCUCAACAGGCAUGCAAGAUUGAUGUCAAUAAGGCUAGCAAACUUUGGCAAGCAUUUGACAAGGUUGGCUGGCUCAAUCCAUCAUGGGUCAAGAAGUAUGCCUAGAGCGAUGACUCUUGUCGGCUGAUCAAAUUUCGCCACUCAACACUACCACCUACCACUAUGAUUCUACUGGCAUUCAUACCAGUAUACGAGCCACGAUUACGACCUUUGCCUGCCUUUUUCCUUCAUGAAUUAUUUAUCGUUUUUAACUGCAUUGCGACGGUUGUUCGCUUACACUGGGACUCAACUUUUCUUGACAUCACAGUUUACAAGCAUAUGGUACUCGGUACAUCUGUUUUCUUUCUAUUUUCCGCCUGGUGCAUAUCAUAUCAUACACACAUAUCAACAUCAUAUUAUCUUUGCAUCGGGCUGCUUUGAUACCCAAGAGAGCCUGCCCAGCUCCUCUCUCACGACAUUUUUUGUUUCGUUUCUUUUGUUAUUUAUGGCAGGGGAAUAUUAUAUUCCAGCGUGUCUCAUUUCUUGCUCAUUCUUCUGUGACUUUAAAGUCUGGAUACAUACAUCUUCAACACUAUGGAGGAUUUCUCCUUUUUUUUUUUCUUCUUCAAUUUUUAGAUAGGAUGGAUUAGUUUGUUUCAUGGAAUAUGAUUGACCACCUGGAUGGUGGGAAUAUCAUUGGGCGUUUUUAUUGAUAUAUGAGUGGUAUCAACUCUACUCAUUGACUAUGAAUGGUCUGGUUGUGGGGUAUGGCAUGGCAUGGAUGGAUGGGGCUCGUUUGGGGAUUGGUUGGUUGCAUUGGGUAUGGGGUGGGCGGAUUUUUUCCACGUGCGUACAGAUUGGAUUGGUUUGGAAGGUUUGUGAAGGAGAGAAACACAACAAUGAAUGCACAGUGUAGUUUGGCAUGGCAUGUCAUUAGAUUGAAUAGUUAUGGCCUUUGAGAACUCGAGAAUUUAUCUUGUAUGAGAUUGAAUGGAUGGAUGAAUCAAUGAAAGUUGAGGAUGGAUACAUACAGAUAUAGAGUGUCACAGUGCGUAAUUAGUGCGUUGUGGGUUGGAAAGUUAGAUAGUCUCUCUUUCAUGAGAACUUUGGAAUCGAUACAUUUUAAGCA